AUGAGUGUCAAUCGUCAUAGUGACCAUAUUCACAAAGAAAACCCAUCAAGCCUCACACUAAGAAUGAUCAACUUAAUUCGAACUACUAUAGCACCUCGUCAGAUAUCACAAUAUGAUCGUGUAUAUCAUGCCUGUUGGUUGGGGUUUAAAAGACAAGCUCUUUUAACUCAACAACAGGAUGAAAGAAGAGGCUUAGAAGGUGAUGAGACUCUUCACAGUCAAACAAUUGAACAAGAAGUAGAACAGCCUGUUGAUGCAGUUCAUGUUCCAGAAUUACAACCUCCCCCGUUUCUUGCAAGUACAUAUGAAAGGGAAUCGUCUGUAGAAUCAGUUGCAGCUCCAGAGGUUCAUACGCAACAAUCUCAAACCCAACAAUGA